AUGUGCCGAAACUCAUCCAUCCGUCAAAAACUAAUCAAACAGGCGGCUAACAAGCCGGGAUUCGGAACAAUAAUGUCAGCAGCGUUACAGUUCAUGGUGGCUGCAGUUGAAAUUGAAAUCUUGAAGUUUGACGACUUCACUGCUUUGGACUUUCCAAACGAAUAUUCUCUGCAUUUUGCUCCAGCUUCAGUACGUAGUGGCACGAAGGAGGACAAUUCAACGCCAACAAAUGACCAUCCAAAUGCAUGUUUCAACAUCCCUUGUCUUCCCAAAUCCCGGUGA